AUGGAUUCGAUGAUUAUAGGGUCCAUAUGCCGAACGGACAAACACUUGUUUCACUAUACAAGCCGGGCGAAAGCCGAUGGAAUAAAAAGCACCGGGGUUAUCAAACAAAGUGGCAGCUCAGGCCAAUUCGGCGCGGGUGUCUAUAUGCCCGAUUUGCACCCUAUGUUGUACUUUCGUAACGAAAUUCUAGCCAAUAAUUAUGGUGGAAUAGCCGGUUCAUUUAGUAACAGGUGUGAUUAUGUGGUGCUAAUUGACCGUGAUAGUUUAGAUGAAAGUUUGCUCACUACAAAUAAUGUGGACGACAGGCAUAUCUAUUGUUAUCGACGGGAUGUCUACGUGUCGGCGGAUCAAGUGGUGGACAAACCAACGUGUUUGCGGACAUUGACUGAAGACUACAGUUAUCUGAUGCGCUUGACCAGGGCACUUUGCGCAUCCUAUAUAGGUGGUAUGGUUACCAUCGUAUCUCUGGCCAUACAAUCAGAUCCCAUACUAUGUGAUCAAUCAGACUUCAAAUGUCCGGCACAUACUAUACUAAACGGUUGCGAAUGCUAUCCAUUACGACAGGCCUUAUAUUGCGGUAAAAAUCAAUUCAUACCACACUUGCGAGACAUCCGCUUCCAGACCAUCACCUUAUGCUCAGUGCAGACAACAAACGUAUCGCUGGUUAACGUCCGCACCGAUAAACUAGUCCUAACCCUACAGUCGGACAUCGAGGCCAUCGACCAGAUAAUUGACCUCCAAUUCCGGAUACUAAGCCUCGAGUCGGCCGAAGAACAUCUGGUCAAACAGCUGUUCAGCCGCGGCUCGCAAACAUUGACCGAGAUAUUCAUCACCCAGUUUUACGCCACACACUUUGACCUAAGGUUUGCAAACUUCCCAAACCUGGAGUGCAUACACUUGGGAACCGCUUUGCAAACCAAUAUCAUCUCGGGAUUGGGCGCAGACAUCUUCACAGGCCUGGAACGGCUCGUUCAGCUCAACCUCAACUACUUGGGCGUCGAGAGUAUGGCCGAGAAUAGCCUCCGCUUCUCUACCAGACGGCACCUUAAAGUGGAUUUAAGCCACAAUUGGGUCACCGCUUAUGAGCUGAAGAGGUCUAACAUAUCGGUGGACAAUACGGACGGUUCGGUAGACGUGGACUUGCGGUACAAUAAAGUGAAAGCAUUGCCUUACUAUGUGUUUGCCUACUAUUGCCGGCCAGACUAUAAGGUGCGGAUCAAUUUGCUUUACAACCCGAUUAAGUGCCGAUACAAUGAUAUUAAGUGGGUUUACGAGGACAGGGAGACCGUCGCCGACCACUUGUAUAAUGUCUAUUGCGUUAACUAUAAUAACAGAGACUUGUUUACUAUAAAUGAAACUGAUUUUACCGACAUAUCAAUAGAUACCACAACAACGACAACAGCAAACACUACCACUUCAUCCAUAGCUGAUAACAGGCUAACCAUCGAGUGGUGGCUAAUACUCAUCAUUUGUAUUGUGCUUAAACGCCGUACAACUGGUAUACCUGUACCUAAUUUCUACCAUAAUUCGAGCCAAUGCUAUAAGAUUAGCGGCUCAUACAUCACACCCGACCCCUAUCCGGACAGUUAUGCAAAAAGAACGUCGCUUAACGGCCUGUCCGUCGGCGUCGGUCCUCUUGUGGGCAACUUUGCGAUAGAUGUGUUCAUUCAUACGGACGUUAUGUCAGGGCCGGGAAGGGGACCACCGAUCGGUGCCGUCAGAUUCAACUCUAAGAACUCUUGUAAUUCUUGUACGAUUUCAUUGAGACACCAAACCAUAAGGUGUCGGCCCUCACAACAGUUCAAGUGCGACCACUUGUGUCCGGUGGGGUACAGCUGUAGUUGUCUGAGAGCGGGAACACUAAUCAACUCCACAUUCUUGUUGUCUUUCAUACGGGCAAUGAUUUCAUCACGAAUGAAUAAAACUCGCGAGAAUUAA